ACCAAAUUAUGCAAAAGACGAUGGAACCGACUCUGAGGAUGAAGCGAAAGAUGACAAAAAACGCCGAGAGAGUAGAUUUGACAAAGAGGAGCGGCCAAAAGAAAGGCACAGACGUGACAAAGACGACGAUAGGGAACAGCGACGUCGUGAUCGGCAUCGCGAAGAAAGCAGUCGCAUCAUAGAAGAGCCUGAGAUAAUCGCCAAAGAGGAGUCCGACAGCGAUGCAGAAGUCGCAGAGCAGCGCAGACAACGAGCUCGUUUGAGAAGGUUAGAAAUCGAGCAGCAACAACAGCAGGAGGAGGAAGACGAUGUUGGAAGUGAUGAGGAAGAGUUUGAAAGGCGUCGACAGUUAAUUCGAGAGCGAGCCAAACAGAGGGAAUUUGAAGAACUCAAAGCAAAGUUGGUGCAACAAGUGUUACGCGAGGAAGAUGAAAUGGAGAAGCGUAAGAAAGAGGAAAAUAUUGAAUUAGGCUCGUACUACGAUGAUGAAGUGAAAAUGUUGGAAUA